AUGGGAUGCUGGAUUUUGAAUGAAAAACUCUCAGUGCUGUUAUUACUGGUGUGGCUGGGACUGAAUUUCUAUUUGUUUAUUGAUACCUUCCACUGGUAUGAAGACGAAGAUGCUUACAUUUAUACACGGAUUAUGCUGGGAUCAACCCUGGCUUGGGCAAGAGCUUCUGCAACGUGCCUUAAUUUUAACUGCAUGCUAAUCCUGUUACCCGUCAGUAGAAACCUUAUUUCAUUCUUAAGAGGAGCAAGCAUUUGCUGUGGAGGAGCACUGAGGAGACAGCUUGACAAAAACAUCGCAUUUCACAAGAUGGUUGCCUACGGAAUAGCUGUAAAUGCAACCAUCCAUAUCGUUGCCCACUUGAUCAACAUCGAGCGGUACCAUACCAGCCAGUCAAAGGAAGCUGGGGAGUUACGGAAUAAACUUUCUGGCCUUGGCAAGAGCCCAAAUGAAAGCUACUUGAACCCAAUCAGGACCUAUGAAACGAAUACAACAGGAGAGGUACUAAACACCAUAGCUGGCGUAACUGGAGUUGUGAUAACUGUGGCUUUAAUUCUGAUCAUAACUUCAUCCACUGAGCUCAUCAGAAGGUCAUGCUAUGAAGUGUUCUGGUAUACCCAUCACCUCUUUGUGGUUUUCUUUAUUGGUUUAAUAAUCCAUGGUAUGGGACAGCUUGUCCGAGGUCAGACACCUCAGAGUCUGUUGCUUCACAAUGUCACUUACUGUAAGGAUCACUACUUGGAAUGGGACAACGCCACUCAGUGCCCUUUGCCGCAGUUUUCUGGCAACAAACCUGUGGCUUGGAAGUGGGUUUUAAGUCCUAUGGUGUUGUACAUCUGUGAAAGAAUUGUUAGAUUUUGGAGAUUUCGACAGGAGGUGAUCAUUACUAAGGUGGUGACGCAUUCCUCUGGAGUCCUUGAGCUUCACAUGAAGAAAUGUGGCUUUAAAAUGGAACCUGGUCAAUAUAUCUUUCUGCAGUGCUCAUCCGUCUCACAGCUGGAGUGGCACCCUUUCACCCUCACCUCAGCUCCUGAGGAGGAUUUCUUCAGCGUUCACAUACGGGUCGUCGGGGAUUGGACUGCAGCCCUCUUCAAGGCCUUCGGAGCUGAGGAAAAAGCUUUCAAGGAACUGUGGAUGUUACCAAGUAUUUUAAAAUCUGUUUGGUACAAAUGCUGCAACCCUAAUGCAGUACUGGCACUGCAGAAGGUUUAUUUUUAUUGGAUUUGUCGAGACCCAUCAACAUUUGAGUGGUUUGCUGAUCUUCUGUUCCAUUUGGAAACAAAAAUGGCUGAAAAAGGGAAAAAUGAUUUUCUAAGCUAUCAUAUAUUUCUUACUGGCUGGGAUGAAAGUCAGGCUACUCACAUAGCCCUACAUUAUGAUGAUAAGAUGGAUGUAAUUACUGGUUUGAGACAGAAGACCUGCUAUGGAAGGCCAAACUGGGACAAUGAGUUCAAGCAACUAGCCGAAAACCAUCCUAGCAACAGUAUUGGAGUAUUCUUCUGUGGACCCAAGACUCUCUCUAAGAUCCUUCAGAAGACAUGUAACUCAUAUUCAUCAGUUGAUCCAAGAGGAGUUCAGUUUCACUAUAAUAAAGAGAGUUUCUAG